UGACUACAGAGGAAGGAAAAGGAAACAGCAGAGGAGGGAGGAGAGGCCACGCAGGAGUGGGUGACAGAGGAGAUCAGAGAGGGCAGAUCUAGGGCAGAUCUAGGGCAGGGGGAGAUAGCAAGCCGAGCAUCCCAAAGGGCGCCCCAAGAGCAGGCGGCCAGGGGCGGGGAGCUGAGGGGGCGGGCCGGCCAUGUCCCACGGGACCUACUACGAGUGUGAGCCCCGGGCUGGCCAGCAGCCACUCGAGUUCUCGGGGGCCCGAGCGGGGCCUGGGGAGCUGGGGGACAUGUGUGAGCAUGAGGCCUCCAUCGACCUGUCUGCCUACAUCGAAUCUGGGGAGGAACAGCUCCUCUCCGACCUCUUCGCUGUGAAGCCAGCACCUGAGGCCCGAGGCCUGAAGGGCCCCGGAACCCCUGCCUUCCCCCACUACCUGCAGCCUGACCCUCGGCCCUUCGCCUACCCCCCACAUACCUUCGGCCCCGACAGGAAGGCCUUGGGGCCUAGCAUCUACAGCAGCCCGGGGAGCUACGACCCCAGAGCCGCCGUGGCCGUGAAGGAGGAGCCUCGGGGGCCUGAGGGCAGCCGGGGGGCCAGCCGCAGCGGCUACAACCCUCUGCAGUACCAAGUGGCGCACUGUGGGCAGACGGCCAUGCACCUGCCCCCGACCCUGGCAGCGCCCAGCCAGCCCCUACGUGUCCUCAAGGCCCCUCUGGCCACUGCUGCGCCCCCCUGCAGCCCCCUCCUCAAGGCGCCCUCCCCAGCUGGCCCCUCACACAAGGGCAAGAAGGCCGUGAACAAAGACAGCCUGGAGUACCGGCUGCGGCGGGAGCGAAACAACAUUGCCGUGCGGAAGAGCCGGGACAAGGCCAAGAGGCGUAUUCUGGAGACGCAGCAGAAGGUGCUGGAAUACAUGGCAGAGAACGAGCGUCUGCGCAGUCGGGUGGAGCAGCUGACCCAGGAGCUGGACACCCUCCGCAACCUCUUCCGCCAGAUCCCUGAGGCUGCCAACCUCAUCAAGGGUGUGGGGGGCUGCAGCUGAGCCCUGCUGGCAGACUGUGGGGACCCCCCCUGGGGGAACCCCCACCCUGCUGGGGUCCUAGAGCCCCUCACAGGCCAAGCCAGGAGACAGAGACCAUGGACAAAUGGCAGUCAGCGGGUGGCAGGGAGGAGGCCCCAGCAUGAUGAUUCUGUGGCUGAAUAAAACUGCAGCAUGACUA